AUGUGCAAAAUAUUAACAAUCUAACCAUUAAUUACUGCUCAAGUUGUGUAUUUACCACAGUAAAAUGCAAGUAACUGGAUCAUUUUCUAAGCAAAAUCAAGAAUAACAAUACUUCCAACAAAAGCUGUAGUAUAGUGUUUAGUUGUAGCAAAUUGUAACAUCAGAGCCUAAUUUAUAUUGUUCAAAAGCAAAUGCAGAAUGGUUAAAGCAGUGGUUCACAUUUGCUGUGAAAAAAUAGGGUUGCAUAGCCUGAGGAUUAGAGUUAUUGCAGAAUUUGACAUAUAAUAGCACAAGCAAUAUGAUUUUUGGAAUUAUCAGAAAAAUUUUACUACUGCAUCAUUCGAUACCAAAUAUGGUUGGAGUAGAAUAUUCAAAAUCAAAGCAAGGGGUGGAAUUAUGCAUUCAAGACAUUUAUAUGUGGCUAGAGUUGAUUUAAAGAAAUCAGUUUUCGUACAAUCGUCUCAAUCAGUAUUAGGUUUCAGUUGUGCAAGAAGAACUAGAAGAUACGAGGUUCGAGCAAGCUUUUGUGAAGUAAUCCAAAAAUCCAAAAACCUUAAUUAAAAUUUAGAUGCAGUAUAUACUGUAAAAUUAUCAGAACUUAUAGCAUAAGCAGGGCUGAGCAAUUCGUAAUCAAUUAACUUCAACAAAUAUCAUAUUAUUCUCCAAGACAGCUCCUCCAAUAAAGAUGUUGAAAUUCUUUAAAAUAAUUUAUAGUUCAAGAUGUAGCUAUCAUAAUAAUUAAUACACUUGGCUGCUUAUUUAAAUCGUACCAGAAGUCAUAAUUGUUGUUGGGCAUUACUAGAAUCACAAAGAAAUUAUGAGUGUGUAUUAUAGGUUAUUCUAAAAAUAGUUCAAACUUCCUUCUAUGUAUCGAUUAAUGAAACAUUUAAAUUUGCCAGUAUUAUCAACACAUAAGGCAAUGUAGUUGAGCGGGGUUGGGUUUUGGGGUUGGGGUUGGGGUUUGGGUUUGGGGUUGGGUUUGGGGUUGGGUUUGGGUUUUGGGGUUGGGUUUUGGGGUUGGGUUUGGGUUUGGGUUUGGGGUUGGGGUUGGGUUUGGGGUUGGAAAAGGGGUUGGGGUUGGGGUUGGGUUUGGGGUUGGGUCUGUGA